AUGGCGAACUCGUAUGAUGUUCAGGUAGCUGCAGAUUUUCUUAUAGGGAAGAAACGCAUGGUCUACGCAAGGGAUCUUGGCAUUGCAUGGUCGGAUAACAGCGAGUAUUGGUCAUGGCUUCCUCUCCGGUAUGACGCAUCAAGCGAGAUACUCGUUGAAGCUGCUGUGCUUGAAAAAGUUUGUUGGUUAGACGUAAAUGGAAAGUUUGACACGAGACAACUGACACCAGAGAAAAAUUACGAGGUUGUGUACGUGGUGAAGUUAGAAGACACCGCUUCUGGAUGGGGGACACCGUGAACCUAAAGCUUACCUUGCCCGAUAGUAUGGCAAGGCCGCAAGAGCGGAGUGUGAGCUUGAACGUGCAUAAAGGGAAAUGGUGGGUAGAUAUACCAGCCGGUGAGUUCAUGACAUCCCCGGAGAAUGCCGGAGAGAUCAGUUUCUCCAUGUAUGAGACCGCAGCCGGCUGUUGGAAGAAAGGGCUAUUUGUAAAAGGUGUUGAAAUUCGUCCCAAAAACUAAGGCAUGUAUGUAUACUGUCUAAAUUCUAUAAAGCAGCCGAUGCACCCAUGCAUGCUUCGUUGUCUAUCAAUUGAUCACCUAUUUCGAUAAUGUAAUCUCAUCUAACUUCCGUGGUAAUGAUUGAUUUUGUU